AUGCGCGCAGAUACACCACGUAUCGUCCCUCUGACUUGUCAUGGCCACUCGCGGCCGAUAACACAUUUGAGCUUUUCCUCCAUCGUGGACGAUGAUCAGUACUACCUGAUAUCGGCUUGUAAAGACAACAAUCCCAUGCUCCGAGAUGGCAUGACAGGCGAUUGGAUAGGAACAUUCAUUGGACACAAAGGCGCUGUUUGGUCGUCAAGAUUGUCUUCUGAUGCUAGGAUCGCCGCCACUGGAUCCGCAGACUUUACCGCGAGAAUCUGGGAUCCCCAGACUGGAGAGUGUUUGUAUGUCUUGACUCAUAACCACAUCGUUCGCGCCGUUUCAUUUCCAAUUCAGACGAAUCCGCAAUGUGUCGCUACCGGUGCGCAAGAUAAGACCCUCAAAAUCUUCGAUCUCAGUCGCGGGGGCAGCGCUGCUUCACCCGACCAGGUUAAUGGCGCCUCUCCAGUCACCGCAACGACCACUUCCGAGGGGCAUGAGAUUGGAGCGGGUCAACAUGGUGGUAGCAUCAAAUCGAUUGUGUGGAAUGUUGACUACAAUAUUCUCACCACGGCUUGCGAAGACAAAACUAUUCGUUGGUGGGACUUGAGAGUUCAGCGCAUGAUCGCCAGUGUCAAGACAGAGCGGGACAUUACUUCGUGUGAACUGUCCACCAACAAAGCAGAAGACAGUAAUCCUGGAAUUUUGAGUGUGGCAGCAGGCCAGUCCUGUCUCUUUUUCGACGCCGGCAGACCUGGAGAGCUUAUCAAGCAAGUCAACUUCGACCACGAGGUUGCCAGUGUGGCCAUCAACCCUGCAACUGGACGCUUUGUGACUGGUGGGGGCAAGGAUACAUGGGUCCGUGUCUGGGACUUUGCGCAGGAAAAAGAACUUGAGGUCCUCAAAGGCCAUCACGGACCAAUUUGGUCAACCGCGUUCUCCCCUGACGGCAAGAUCUAUGCGACCGGAAGCGAAGACGGAACAAUCAAGCUGUGGAAGGCUUGUAAAGAGCCAUAUGGUCUUUGGCGCUGA